GUAUUGGAGAUAACCGGACAAGUUUGUUUAAGAUUACACACAAAUGAUGUUGAAAAUCACAACUUGCGAUUAGGCUAUUUAUACGCAAAUGGUCGUUGACUGUGAAGUACAUUUUAAAUUCAAUCGUGAAGAUUGACUUGAAACACCACUACGAAAUGGACAGCGAUCGCUAUGAAGUAAUAAUAAUUGGGGGUGGUGUAAUGGGUAGUGCAACAGCAUAUUAUUUGUCGAAGUCUCUUGGUAAGGAUGUACUGCUGAUUGAGCAAUACGACUUAUUACACCGAAGAGGAUCUAGUCAUGGUGACAGCAGAAUAAUACGGAAAACGUAUCCUCAAGAGCACUAUACAGAAUUGAUGCUGGAUGCUUAUGAAUUGUGGGCGCUGGCGGAAAAAGAAGCUGAAACGAGAGUUUUUACAAAAACUGGCGGCCUUGAUAUAUCUAACGGGGACAACAGACAAAUCAAACAGUUACUACAGUCAGCUGAGAAAUACAAUGUUCCGGUGAAAGUUAUGACUCCCUCUCAAGUGAACGACAAAUUUCCAUCUGUCACGAUACCAGACGAUUGCAUCGGUGUCUACAGUCCAGAUAGCGGGAUAUUAAAUGCAACGAAAGCAGUCGCAAUGUUUCAUCAUCUAGCAAAAGCGAACGGUUGCACGGUGAAAGACAACACGAAGGUUAUGAAUAUCCGUCAAGUUACUGUAGGAACAAGGGUCGAAACAAUUGUUGAAACCAAUAACGGAUUCAAUUACAAAUGUGCACAAUGCAUCGUCACUGUUGGAUCGUGGACAACAAAGUUACUGACGAGAGUAAACCUGAACCUGCCGUUACGUGUGGUUCAAACCACCGUUGCUUAUUGGCCGGUUGACAAUCCCUCAGUUUACUCUUCCACCGUGUUCCCAGUCUUUAUAAAUUACUCUGACGAUGCGUUCGUUUACGGAUUUCCGGCACACGAAUUCCCAAACAUGAUAAAAUGUUGUGCACAUUUCGGGCCAGACGUCGAUCCGGACAGCAGAGAUUUUCUACCGGGAAUGGACGAUUUGAACAACAUUGUCGCGCCGUUCAUCAAACGAACUUUCCAGGGUGUCACUGCCGUUCCGGAAAAGGUCGAAAGCUGCAUGUACACCUGGACUCCAGACGAAGAUUUUGUCAUUGACGAAUUGCCGGUAUUGCCGGGUAUAUUCGUUGGCUGUGGCUUUAGUGGUCAUGGAUUCAAAUUGGCGCCAAUUGUUGGGAAAAUUUUAUCCGAUCUGGCGAUGCGGAGACCGCAUCCGUAUCCCAAGAACCGAAGAGUUUUUUCGAUCGAUCGGUUUGGAAAAAAAUGUAAAAUCUGAUUUGAGGAAUAAAAUUGGGGAGAAACUCUUCAGAAAAAAACCACAAGUUACUUAACUGUUCGCUAUGGGUGAUACGUCAAAAUUUGUAUGUAAAAGUCGAGUUAACUAGAAACAAACCAGUUUAACGGAGCUAGAUGGGUGAAUCUUCUUUUAACACUCCAUAGUAUUGGUAAUCUGCUCCCAUUGCUCCCCUUACACAGCCACCAUCAAAGGUCAAUGUCCGGUACGUGCACCAAAAAACAUGCGAUAAACUCACCAAAAAUAAUCAAAUAUUGAAGCCUCGCUCGCUCCAUGACAAGUAAGAUGACAAAUGGAAAUGUGCAUUUUCAUAUCAACCAUUCGGUGAUUCCAUUCCGUUCUAAUCUUAUCUCUCAAUGUCAAUAAAGAAAGAAACCAAUAAAUUAACGGCAUUCAGAAC